AUGACAGAUCAAGAACACCGAAUGAACUCACUGAAGAAGGAAGUGAGGUCACUGUUGACAUCUAUCAAGGGAGGUCUUACCCCUUACCAAUUAGAACAAGAAUACAAGUCUAUGAUAGGAAAACAGCUUCCAUUUCAAAUGCUGGGUUACCAUUCUGUUAUGGAACUAGUGAAGGACAUGCAUGAUGUUGUUAACAUAUGUCCAAAAGGAGAUGGCACCGUUGUCCUCAAAGCUAUUGCAGAUGAAUCUACCAAAAGAAUUGCAAGCUUGGUUGCCAGACAAAAGAGCAGACCUAAGCCACAACUUUCCAAACGUAGGCUGAAUUAUUUCUCUUUGCCUGCCACAUCUCACUCUGGUCUGCCUUGGCACCCCAAAUUUUCUCUAAGCUUGCCUUGGCGUGGGGGGGUCCCUCCUACUCUGCCUGCUGUUAUAAAAAGUGAGCUGAAGGAACUGUUGAGAUUUUCGCCAGUUUUGCUCUCAGAUUUUGACAAAGCCUUUAUCCAACGCUUUGGACGUCCAUUUGAAUUCACACGUUAUGGAUUCUUCUCUAUGUUCGAAGUGCUGAAUGCAGCUUCAGAUAUCAUCAGAAUUGUGCAAACAAGAGCAGGCUCUUCGUUGAUGUUAAAAGAAGUCCCCCUUACGAAACAACCAGAAAAAUUGUGCAAAAUGGCAGUCCAGCCAAAUAAAACAAAGCAAACUUCGUCUGCUGCUGUACCAGUACCUGUAGCAAAGAUGCCUUCUUCAGUCCUGCCUAUGGAUAAUCUGUGUUCAACAGCGGACCAGAAAUCUGAUGAUUUGCAAAUGCAGAUGAAACUAGUUGAAAGUCCAGUGGUGAGAUCUGAGGAGAGGAUGAGACAACUUAAGAAAGAAAUGAAGAUUGUCCUUGCCCAAAAAGGACCUGGAGGGAUAAUCAGCUCAGAACUUAAAGAAAAAAUUAAAAUUAUUGUAGCCCAGCAACCAAAUGGCCUGCGUGCUUCCAAGUUACCUGGAGAAUUUAAGGAGCAUUUUCAUGAAAAAUUGCCAGUAAGAAAACUGGGUUUCUUAAAUUUGAUGGAACUUGUUGGUGCCCUUAAUGAUGUUCUCCGUAUUGAAUACAAAGAAGAGAAACAAGAUUGGCUCAUCUUUGACAUUGAUUCACAAAACUUGCCGGAUGAUGAACAAACAAAUGAUAAGAUUGCUCAGUCUAGUUUAUUAGGACACCAGGAGGCCUCUGAAGAGCAUGAACUGCCCGCAUUGGAGGAUUCUAAGACACUGGAGACUAAGUUCAGUGUAGUAACAAAGAUGGUGACACCGAACCUAGGCAUAGAGAAAGAUCACAUUAUUCAGGAAAUAAUGGAAGAAGAAAUACCACCAGAUGCUGUUCAAGAUGAAACCCUUUAUAGUCUCCCCCAGCUUGGCAGCAGUGCUUUGGUUGGAUUAUUUGUGGAGUACAUUGUGUCCCCUUCACAAUUCUAUGUCCGAAUCUGCAGUGGAGAAACUUCUGAUAAGCUGGAAAAUAUCAUGAUUGAGAUGAGACGAUGCUAUUCUAGUAAAUAUGUAGCUAAUCGUUAUGUCAUACCUGAAGCCUUAAUCCGCCCUGGCCAGCUUUGUUGUCUAAGUAAUUCUGAAGACAGAUGGUGGUACCGAGUUAUCAUUCAUCGACUUCUUAAUGACCAAGAAGUAGAAGUGUUUUACCCAGACUUUGGAAACGUGAGAAUAGCUCAAAAAUCUUCACUGAGGCUUCUCAAACACUGCUAUGCAAAGCUUCCUGCUCAAGUUAUCCCUUGCUCUUUAGCCUGGGUGAAACCAGCAAAGGGUGAUUGGUCUGUCAGUGCCAUACAUGAAUUCCAAAGACUGUGUGAGCUGAAAUUGCUUGUGGGAGUGGUAGAUGAAUAUAUAAAUGACAUCCUUCACCUCUUCCUCUGUGAUACCACUUCUGAUGAUGACAUCUACUUGCACAAUGUUUUGAGGUUAGAAGGUCACGCACUCAUUUGCAGAGAGAACAUUCCUUCCAAGGGCUUCAAAGAGUUAAAUCCUUUUAUACUAUAUAUGAAACCAAGCUCAAACCCGCAGGCUGUUUUCACAGAGGCAGACACUUCAUUGUUUCAACAGGAAUUUCUUACAGACUUCCCCAAAACAAAUCCAGAGACUUGCAACAAUGAAGUAGUUUCACAGCAUACAGCAAGCCAUUGCUCAGAUCCUGAAGUACCGUACCUGGAGCCAGUGUAUUUAUGCAAAGAAAUUUGGGAUGAGAAUUGGAUGCCUUCCACAUAUUAUGAAGAAAAGAAAAAUGGUGAUACUUCUGAUCAUUUAUGUACUGAUAUUACAGUAGUUUCCUAUCAGACUCCAAGUGAUGAAGGAAGCAAAAAUGAAGCCCAGCACAACCAAGACUUGAUUCAAAAGACCGGGGAGGUUUCCAGUGCCAUUGAGACAACAGAUGAUCCUAGUCUGGAACCUCCAAAUGAAAUUCUGAGCUCAUCUGCAGAAAUGAAGACAAAAUCCUCUGUUGGAGAUACACCUGAUUCUUUGCCACAAGCAUUAGAAGAGUUUUAUGUCUCCAUUACUCAUUCCAAGGAGACAGGAAAGCUGAGCCAGGAUGAGUUGGAUGUAAACAAAUCAUCUGCUUGCCUUUCCCAAUCUCUUCCAUCAACAUCUGUGUGGCAUGGAAGAGCUUCUUCAGAGAACAAGGUCAAUGAUGCUCCUGGAACGGUUUCCAUAUAUAAUGCUAAUAAUUACACUGAACCUAGUACCAUUGAUCAUAAUGCCUUGGUCUUCACUGCUGAGCUUCAGGGGUCUCCAAAAUUCUGUUUUCCUUGCAGUCCAGUUGUUGCCUUGGGAGCAUCUGCACAAUUAGCUGCCUCUGGUGGAUAUUUCUCCCUUAACCUGAGGAAGGGGAAAAUAUGAGAAAAGUCAGUAUGUAGAUGUAUGAUUUUCAAAAUACUUCAAUGUUCAUCUAGUUCACUAGACAGUGGUUAAAAAAAAAAUCUUGUAAUUUGAGCCUAUGGAAAAUUAUAAUUUAGAGCCCAGCUGAAAUUUGGGCAAAUGAUGUGAUGAGAGUUCCUUUUUUCCCCCCAUGUAUUUCUUUUC